AUGUCUUCUGAAAUGUUUUCAUUCUCUUUAUCACCACUAGACAAUGCUGCUUUCUCUUAUCUCUUUUGCCAAUUUCUCUUUUGUUUUUCUUUCCCAAUUUGUUCGCAAAGCUUUUCACCUUUUGUUAACAAUAAUUUCUUUUUCCCUCAGCCUACUCCUCCUACGUCUUCUUCCCUACAACAUUUUUCUCAUAUUUCUUUUCUUAAAUCUCUUCCUCAGGUCCCAUCUUCCUUAUUUUUCUACCUACUCUUUCUCUUCCGAGUUAAUCUUAUUCCUUUUUUUCUAUUUUCUCCUUCUUUCUUUUCCCUACUUAUUUACUUUUUAUUCUUUUCCAACUUUUUCUGUUUCACAUCUACUAGAUUAUUUAUUACCUUCAUAACCUUUUUUUUAUAUUACUUCCUUUUCUUUUUUCUUUCCUUUUUCUUUUUUUUCUUUCGUAUUUCUUGGUUUUUAUCUUUCUUUCUUUUCCUCCCAGAUUUUAUAACUUUUACCAAUUUUAAUAACUUGGACUUUUUGUCUUCUCUUUAUUUUUUAUCAACCAUCUUUUGUUUAUUUUUUUCAUAUAUUCUCUACUUUUUUUUAAACUUCUACCUUCUUCCUUUCUUUCUCUAUUUUCUUUUUUUUUUUCAUUUCUCACAACAUUCUUGUUUUUUCCUUCCCUGUCAUGGCACUUGUUUUCCUUUUGCACCUGGUUAUUUCAUCCCAAAUCCCCACAGAAUGACACCUAGUCAGUAA